CUCCCCUCCAGUGCCCUCGGUGACACAAGGAGCGCCGAAUGUUCACUUUUGUUCAAAUACGACGCUAACGAUGCAAGGUGCACUGUUCUAUAUCUCGGAUCGUUUUGCCAAACAAGAAUCGCAAUGUAAUUACAAAAUUUAAAAUGAGAGGCUGUUCAACCGGAUGGCAUACAUGUAUCCGGGGGGAGGAAAUUCGUUCGUCUAUCGACGAAUCAACAACUUCUGAAAAAUACCAUUACAGAAAAGGGCUUCUUCCUCCGUCUACGUUACCAGUCAUCAUGGGGGUGUAGAUUUUUGAACGCUGCCUGCUUGGAGGACGGUGAAAUUUAAAGGAGAGUGCACAGGCUCCUACACCCAAUAUAUGGCUUUCAUCAUGAUGAAGAAAAAGAAAUUUAAAUUUAAGGUUGACUUCGAACUGGACGAACUGUCCUCUGUGCCUUUUGUUAACGGCGUCCUCUUCUGUAAAGUCAGGCUGCUUGACGGGGGCUUCUCGGAGGAAUCAUCUCGGGAGGUGGUGCAAGCCAACUGUGUUCGCUGGAGGAAGACCUUCUCAUUCCCAUGUAAGAUGAGUGCCAGUGCCAGUACUGGAGUGUUAGAUCCCUGUGUGUGCAGAGUAUCAGUAAGGAAGGAACUAAAGGGUGGAAAAACAUUUGCAAAGCUUGGUUUUGCUGACCUAAAUCUGGCUGAGUUUGCAGGCUCUGGGAGUACGACACGUAGAUGCUUACUAGAGGGUUACGAUACCAAGAACACCCGUCAAGAUAACUCCAUACUCAAGGUGGUUAUAAGCACACAGCUCAUGUCUGGAGACCCCUGCUUUAAAACGCCUCCGUCUACAGCAACAUACAUCAGCAUACAAGGAGAGACAGAAUUUCUACAUGAAGACAGAAAAGGAGGAGAUACGCAAAAACCAUACCUGAGUAUUUCCGAGAUCCCAGGAAAGUGUGCCUCUGUUCCUGAUGAACUGGGGAUGUGGGGUCACUCCAGAACUUCAAGCUAUGCUAGUCAGCAGUCUAAAGUAUCAGGGUAUAGCACGGGGCACUCGCGCUCCUCCAGUCUCUCGGAGCUCUCGCACAGGAGGAACACCUCGGUGGGCAGCACUUCAACUGGGAUUGCGAGCAUUCCUGAGCCCAGCGACGACCGGGAUCCCAGGACGGGGCACUGUGCUGCAGCCUGUGCAGCCAUGCCAGAGCACCUCACCCCUGUCAAGAGCGCGUCCUCUUCAGAGCGCCUCAGCAGGCAUCCUAUGAAGCAGGAUUCAGUGGAGUCUCAGCUGAAGAGGGUUGAUGCCACAAGAGUAGAUGCCGAUGACAUUGUGGAAAAGAUUCUCCAGAGUCAGGAUUUCACGCACAGCUUAUUGGACUCCAGCACAGAAGAAGAAGGAUUGCGGUUAUUUGUUGGUCCAGGUGGAAGCACUGCACUUGGCACCCAUCAUCUCCCCACCAGGGUUGGAGCUGGGGCGUAUGAGCAGGUGGUGAUUAAGCGCUAGAAGAAGGGGUGUCCUGGCAGAUGAAUGGCAGAUCUAAAACGGAACCAAAAAAGGGGGUGGCAGCAACAGCAUUGUUGUAGCUCACUUCAUUCCAACUGCAAAUUUCUUAAAAACAUGCAACAAGAGAUCGUCAGGGACUGCAUAAAAAGGCAAUGGAAAUGGCGCCCUCUGCUGUUAAUUCCUUGAAGAAGUAGCGUAGGAGAGACAAAUUACAGUACUGUGUAUAGCAAGAAUGUGAUGCAGAAAGCAUAUUACUUGUUUCCAACUACAGUAAUGGUGCUCAGAAAAGCAAAGACUUUGCAAAGAUCACUGAAAUUCCACCAAAUGCCAAGAAAUGUGGUUCAGUUUCAGUAUUUGGCUAACAUGAGGUAUGAAGCACCAGGCUAAAGUCCUAUACUGUAUUAAGCUGGAAGAGACGAUAUCUAUGCUCCGUUAACCCCUCCAUUUCAAAUGAUUUUAUAAAAUAUUUUUUUAUUUUGAUUUAUUUUUUUACUAAUUCAGUUUCCUUUAAUUCCAUUUUUUGUUGGUCCUCCCUGUGCUGCUAAAUCGUUUACUAGGUUAAAAGGCAUUCAGUUUUUUGAAAAGAGACUUCACAACUGACAUUAAAUUCUCUCUGACUGCUAAGCACAGUGUUGUGUUAUUGGUGGUAUUAACUUUUUUUGCUGUUGUAGUAAAAAUACAACUGACUAAAGGGAUUACAAACACCGGCAAUUCCAUUUCAUAAGUAGAAACCUUGUAAGGCUGCUAGACUGACCUUUUAAAGUUAGUAUUUAGAUUCAGUUUUCUGAUUUAAAAAAUAGUACUCCAAGUUCCCUAAUCCCUUAUGAAAAGUCUAGUUUGUGGGGUUUAGUGUCAUGUGCUACUACAUACCCACAUUUUGUGUGAGAAAGAGUCUAAAACCAGUAACCUUCUCUAAAUAAAAUAAUUCAGUGAAUUAGGGGUCCCAAGAACAACUGUUCUUUGUAAUGAAACACUUUUGCAUGAAUUAGAUUCCUAAACUGAUCAUUUAGGCUUUUUUUCAUCACUAUUAUUAAAUAUUUUUGAAAGGUUACUUCUUUAUUGUAGCCUGCAAUAUUUUAUUAUAUAUGUGCUUACUGGGGUGUCUCUCUUGUGUGGCAAAACUAUUUCAGUAAUGUGGUAUUAAUCAAACUUGAAAAAAUAUAAAAAAUCUAAGUUAGGUACUCCAACCUAUCAAUGUUUACUUUUGGAAUGUUUGUUGUACUACUACUGAUUUUUUUUAUGAUUCUUUUAAAUAUUGAGUUUGUUGUAAGAGUAGUGGGAUCAUUUAAACCUACAGUGUAGCACACCAAAGGUUCAAUAGAUGAAUGUCUCUGCACCAAAGAGUGAUUUGCACUACAUUUUUAAAAUUAGCAUGUAUUAAUCAGAAGCCUAUUGAAAUAUUACUAGACAUAUUCUCAAGUGUUCUAGCUUUAAAUUAUUUCAUUUAUCAUUUAUUUUCAACAUGAAGCUAAUGCUUUUGAGACUGAUCUGACCACAAGUUAAUGGAGGUGCUUUCCCAAACUGGUCCAGAGGUAAUUUCUGCAUCUUGGAGAAACGCUGGGUUAAGUUUAGAGACGUCUGAAUUUUUUCAUCAUAACCUGAAAAACCAAACAUAAAAUGAACCCAUGUCAGUGUGAGGCAAGAAAAAAAGAUUUAAAACAUCUUUGAUAUAAUUCAUAGUUUAAGAGCCUGCCCACAUGUUUCACAUGGUUUGUGUACACUGUCUCUCUACCCCCCCCAGACUGACCUAAUACUCAGCCUCUACUGUGCUCCAUAUAGCAGACACAACAUUUCAUGCAAUGUCAAGAUUAAUUUGUGGAAAGGUCCUUACAUAUCAAUGCCAAUUCUUGCAAUCUUCUGUUAGUAAUGCUUUUUUUGCCCACCAAGAACCAUGAUUUACAAAAGUCAUUUUUUAAACCUUUUUAAAAUGCAAUCACUUUUAUGUAUCUUGUAUUGGAAGUUUAUCUUUUGUAAUUCCAGUUUCAACAACUGGCUCUCAAAUGGUCACAAUGCAAUUGAAUAUGAUUAUAUAAUCUAAGUGUCUUGGCACUUUGUUCUAGCUAAAGUAUAAUUUUACCAGCAUCUUACACUGCCUUUUGAGAUGCCCAAGCCAUUAACACUUGGCUUUCAACUGCAAAUAUUAAGAGCACACUGCUCCACAAUUGUGGAGCCUCUUCUCUGAAUGGAGCACAAUGUCCUAACGAUUUUCUUGCCUGAGUGGGACUCUGAAAUACGUAUAUUGAUGAACAGGCAUUAUUAUUUUGAGCUUUAAAACUACAGAAUUGUUCAACAUCCCCUCGUUCAUAAAUGCAGUACAGACAUUUUACAAUUCCAGCAUGUAAUCAUCUUGAAGUAAAGCUGUAUAGAAGGACUUUUUUUUUUUGUACCAUAACCUUGCAUUAAGCUUGCAAAAGGCUGUUACCAGGCCAAUGCUACAAUCCUACAACAGCUUUAAAUCCAGUGGUCUAUGCUCUUCAAUAUAAGUCACUCCACAUAGGUUAUAUUAUUGUAUAACUUCAUUGUUUUUGAAAAAAGUGAAGUGACUUCUGGAACACAAUUUUUCUAACAGGAGAAUGAACUUCACAUUUAAAUGACUAUUAAACUAUUUUGUGUUCCACUUAUAGGUACUAAAUAUAUUGUGAUAAUUCAACAUGAGUGUGUUUUUCUGUGAAUCUUUAAUUUUAUAGAAUUGUAUAAUGUUUGUAACUGUAAAGUGAAGCCAGGUAUAAUGAUCCAGCAAAGCUUAGUAUCCACAAAGUCACAAGUGUCUUUUUAAAGAGAAAUCUAACCUUUGCUUCAUUCCCAAUACAUAUACUUGCACAUGUAAUAUGUAUUGUUAAUUAAAAAAAGCUAUUUACAAGUGA